AUAUUUUCGUAACUUGUUAUUUUUAAAUAGAGAUUUUUUCUAUUAUAGACUAAAAAUAGAUGAAAUUUACAUUUAUGACCCCAAAAAAGGAAAUAAAUAAAAAUGGAAAUUAAAAAGUUGUUAAUUACAAAAAUGCCGGCUGAGAAAACGGAAAGGGAAACUCCAUCUUCUUCGUGACCAGCCGAUCCUUCUUCGUGACCCAGCCGUCCAACCCCAACAACCCAAUCUCAACAAUUUUUCUUCCAAAAACCAGCAAAAUCAAAUUCAAUUCAAAAUGUAGAACUCCUAGGAAACCAGCUGAAUCCCGAAAAUCCAAAAUCAAAAACGAAAAGGAAAAAAAAAAAACCAGGAACCCUCCAUUGAUGUACAAAAAAAACUCAAAAACAACAAUCAUUGAACAAAGAAAUCGCGAUCAGAGGAGAAGAACCGAGUAGAAGGAGAGCUGGAAAUCAAAGAAACUCACCCAUGAUUGAAUCAGAAGGAGAAUUGAAGGAAACGGAACCAUUACAAAUAUUGGUGCAGAGCAAUGGGCAUUGGGAUGACAACAGAAACUAUGUUGAUUAUGAAUCAAGUGGAGAAUUAAUUUCGACCAAGUGCACUUUUGAGGAACUAAUGAGAAUAAUGAUGGAAGAACUCCAAUGCAACCAUGAAUCAACACAACUACAACUGAAAUAUCAACUGAAGGAAGGAGGCCAACCACUACAAAUCAAGGAUGACAAAAGUCUGUUGUUCUACAUAAAGCUAUUAACGAAGGAGGUUGAUUUCACAAGGUACCCAUUGUGUGUGAACAAAACCAGUAACACGGCACCACCUAACCAAACAAUGGUGUGGAACAAUAUGAUCAUGGAAUCGUAUGAGAACAACGCAGCACAGGAAGACUUGCAGCAACCUGGAAACAACACGGCAACAACUUCCAAGCAACAACUAUCUGCGCAGACGAUGGGAUCUGGUGAAGUUGAUGCAUUUUUCCUAGAAACAGUAACAGUGUCAUCAGAAUCAACCAUACAACAACCAGACAACAACAGAGAAAAAACUACAGCAGUAGAUGAAGAUUUCGACUUCACCGACUAUGCAAAGCUUGUGGCUGCAGAAAUGGUACAGCAACUAGAAAACAACCAGGAAGAAGAAGAGGAAGUGGACAACACAGAAAUGAUGAUCAUCAAUGACAAACGACAUGAAACAAUAGAGAAUGGGCAAAUUUACAAGGACAAAGAAACAUUGAUAAGUACACUAUGCUACUUUGCAAUCAAGAAGACAUUUCAAUACAAAGUAGUGAAAUCUUGCACAAAAGAAUACAACAUAGUGUGUUUGGACACAAACUGCAAAUGGAGUUUAAAGGCUACAAAAAAUGGAAACACAGAAACAUUCAUAAUAAGGAGCUACGAAGAAGAACACACAUGUGCAGUUACAAUAAGAUUUGGAGAUCAACGACAAGCUACAUCAAAGUUGAUAGCAGACUUUGUAAAACCAAAAUUCUUGAACCUGAAAACAAAGUGCAGCCCUGCAGACAUAAAGACAGAAAUGAAAGACAAAUACGGAAUAAAGAUGAAUUACAUGAAAGCAUGGCGUAGUAAAGAGCGAGCACAAACCCAGCUACAUGGAAAUGCUAAAGAGUCGUACAAUCUCUUGCCAAGAUACCUGUACAUGCUACAGAAAACAAAUCCAGGAACAUUAAUAGACAUAGAGAAAGAUGAUGAUGACAGUUUCAAAUAUGCAUUUGUUGCAUUGAAUGCUGCUAUAAAAGGUUGGCCAAACUGCAAACCAAUCAUCGUGGUAGACGGUACAUUCCUAAAGGCCGCGUAUGGAGGCACGUUGCUCACUGCCAACACACAAGAUGCAGAAUCUAAAAUUUUUCCACUAGCAUACUGCAUAGUUGAUUCUGAGAACGAUAAAUCGUGGGAGUGGUUCUUAAAAAAAAUAAGAGAAGCAUUCGGGGUUCGAGAAUGUCAAUGCCUAAUAUCAGACAGACAUGAAAGCAUCAUCAAAGCAACUAGGAAAGUGUUCCCUGAAAUAACACAUGGCUACUGCAUCUUCCACCUCUUGUCGAACCUCAAAACAAAAUUCAAGAAAAAUGCAAAGCAUUUCAGAGUGCCAUUCUUUGCAGCUGCAAAAGCUUACACAGAAAUGGAGUUUGAAUUCCAUAUGAGGGAGCUAGACAACUUGGAUAAGCGCAUAAGACCGUACCUGGAGAAAAUUGGCCAUGAAAAAUGGUCAAGGUAUCAUUCAGAAAACAACAGGUACUCUACCAUGACAUCAAACAUAGCUGAGGCACUGAACUCAGCAAAUUUAGCAGCAAGGGAAACACCAGUGACAACAUUAAUGGAGUGCUUGAGGGGCACAAAUGCAAGAGUGGACAUACAAUAAUAGAAAGGAGGCACAAAAAUGCACAACAAGGCUGACACCAUCAUCUGAGAAAAAACUCAUAGGGAACUAUGUACAGUCAUUGCGACUAACAGUAAGUUCAGAUUAUCGUUCGCAUAAAGUAAAAUAAAAACAGUUGUUUUUGAAUAGUUUUUUGGUUGUUUUAAAGUUGGUUUAAAACAUGCAGGUGAAACCAGCAAACCAGAACCUGUUUGAGGUGAUAGAUGAAGACAGAACAAGAAUAGUAAACUUGAAGGAGAAGACGUGCACAUGCAAUAGAUUUCAAAAAGAUGAAAUGCCAUGUAACCAUGCAGUCGCCGUCAUGAAGGACUUGAACAUAAACACAUACAACUACUGUGCACAAUACUACACAUCAAAAGCAUGGCUGCAAACAUAUGAAGAAACAGUAUACCCAGUUGGAAACGUAAGAGAAUGGGAACUUCCAGAUUUUUUUGAAGAAAUCAUAGUGUUGCCUCCAAAGGAGAGAAUCAAGUCUGGAAGGCCGAGGAAAAGAAGAAUGGCAGCAGCUUGGGAAACAAAGAAACAAAACAAGUGUGGCAAGUGUGGACAAAAGGGACAUAACAAAAAGACCUGCAGAAGAAUUACAGCAUAGAAGUGGAAACAACUACACAUCAACCAAAAAACAACUAUAUUAAAACAUUUAGAAAACACAUACUGCAUAUUACGAUUGGUUGUUACAUACAUUUUUUUAUUGUGAUUUUUUAUGUGGAGAGAUAUUGAUAAUAGGGAAUUGGUAUUAUUAUCAUUAAUAUACAAAAGAACAUCAAAUAUUAUAGUUAAAUAAUUAAAUGAGUGGAAGAAGGUUGAAAUUAAUAAGAAGGAAAAAUAAACUACAUAAAGUGAUUACAAAUGCAAUUUAGUUGUUUGUCAGAUGGUUGUAAUAAGGUUGUUAAUAGUAUGCUGUCAUGACUAAGAGUAAAUAUAAAGAUUAAAAAUCCAAAAAUAUGAACAAAUUAAAAACCAAUUCCAA